GAUACAAAACUAUUUACCUUCGAUGACCGUAAACGUCAGUUUGAUUAGAUAUAUCCAAUGUUGAGGGGAGAAGGUCGCCAAAAUUUCACAACUGAAGAAUAAUUUUGAUGCAUUUUCUACUGGGAGAAAUCCAGAUCUUCCAGUUAAGCCAUGGAGGCCCAGAGGUAAUAUGUCAAUGUCAUAUUCGUCACGCACUACACCACGAUCAUCUGCUUCGCAGGGAAGGAUUCACACAGAAAACACUGCUUUAAGUGCAAUUUUACGGGAAAAAUCAAAUGGAAAUAUAGCACCUGCACAACGCACAGCGUCAGUUUAUACUCCUGCUUUAGAUGUUGUACCGUCUAAUGUUGAUGUUGUAAAUGUAUCUAAUGCUUCAACUAACAAAGAAAAGCAAAAUUUACAAUAUGUUGUAGUUAGCAAAUCUUCUGCAAGCUUACACACUGCGGCUAAUCAAGAUCACCCACUUGUUCAUGAUAAUAAUCAUUCUAGCUCACCAGAUGAAACAGAGUCUAGUAACAAAAACGAGUCCAAGAAAACCGAGUCUGUAAUUGUAAGUGAUUCCGUACCUGAUCCGGAAAAUCAAAUAGAUUAUUCUAAAAAGCAGGACAGUGCCCGAAGUAACGCUUAUGCUUACAACUCUUUGAAAAGUCAAAAUUUAAACACUGUUGCAAGGUCUGAGUAUUCUAAAGAUAGUCCAAAAUCUGGUUUCACUGGUGAAAAAUCUGAAAGUGGACAAUUGCAAGAGCAUGGUGAUGUGUUAACAAAGAGUAUUGUUAAGGAUGAUGUGAUUGGGAGUGGUGAUAUUAAUCAUAAUUCUCAUGUAAAUUCUAGGUCAAACACUCAAUUUAAAGCAGUUGGAAGUGAUGGACAAGAGCUUGUAAAUAAUAGUGAUAAACAAUUUGCACACAAAAAUAGUGAUAAACAAUUUGCACGUGAAAAUAGCGAUAAGCAACUUGCACUUAAAAGUAGUGAUAGAGAAAACACUUCACAUGAAAGACAGUAUUCACAGCUUAAUAAACAGCGCACCCGAGAUCACAGCUUAUUCUCUCAGCAGCAUACACACUUGAGUUUUCAUUCUCAGUAUGAUCGAGUGAGUAGAGGCAGGACACCACAACGAGUUAAUACUCAAGAUCAGCUUGUUCCACCUUUAGAUUUAAGAGGUGUCACAUUGCCCGAACCUGUUUUACUUCCUUCUUCUCCUGCAUCUCCUGAAAGCCAGCAUGUCAUAAAAGAUCAGAAUUUGCAUGCUUCUGAUCAAACCAAUUCUAUCGUUCAUUUCUCCUCUCGUGAUUAUAAUCCUACAACUCGUAGGACUUACGAAGUAGAAAGUCCGCUGUUGUCUUCUCAAUUACCACAUGUAAAAUCUUCUGACAAUUUCAGACAACAAGAGGAUGAACAAGAUACAUAUCGUGAUCGUCAACAGGAGCCUGAUCGGCUAGAACCACAUAGAUCAGACUUAGCAGAUGAAUUGAAAGUGCCAUAUCCUUUUGACACUCAAGCUGUUCAAGGUGCAGAUACUGCAAGAGAACCAAAACCCCCAUCUCCCCCAGUCCAAACAACACCUCCCCCAAAUAAAGAACCGGCAACAAGCCUUCGUAGCAACAGUAACGUUUAUGCUGUAGCUAAUCCAGAAGUUCUCCGUGCUCAAGGUAUUGAACCUGAAACUGAAAAUAAUUACGUUCAUAGACAAUACUCUAAUUCUGAAGCUAGGCAGUCUAGGCAUAGUGCAGUGAGAUUUGAUUCUGGAAGUAGACGUCCUCCAAGUAUAGACAGCCGGACUUAUGGAGGAAGUCCUGUAAAAGAGAGAGUUCCUACACCAUACGCAAAAUCUCCUGAGAGGGAGGAACUACCAAAAACUCCACCAGAGUGGGAGAUUCCAAAAGAAGAGAAAUCACGGGAACAAUCAAAUAUUUCAAAACGAAGUUUACCGCCACAGCACCCUCCCCUAGAUACUCUUCACAGCUCUUCAAAGCCUGGUAGUAGAGGAACCAGGCGCACACAAGACGAUAAUCAGUCAAUUAAACGUGUUUAUGUAGAGUCACCAUCUUUUACAAAAGAAGAAGAAGAAGAGUAUAGAUUUGUAAGUAGCAGGCUAGAAGAUACAGAAGAUCAGAAACAGAGAACUCACAGAGAAAUGGAUAACUCACGUAGAGGGUAUGGUGGGGAUGAUAACCCUAUGCAUAGCUACUCAGACAAUAGAAGUCACAAUAGGGAUAGUUACGCUGGUAAUAGUUAUCCAGAUAACAGAUCUAGAAAAACAGACAAUGAUUACACAGAACGUAAUAGAGGAUAUGAUAAGGACAGGUACGAAGAUAGAAACCAAGAUAAAUAUAGUAACAAAAAUCAAGAUAGAAAUGGCGAUGAAUUUUACAAAGAUGGAUACGAAGACAGACACCAUGAACUGAAUGGAUAUUAUGAUGAACGGAAAAGUAGAGAUAAACACAGAGAAGGUGACCGGUAUAGAGAUAGAGUGAAGGAAAGUGAACAUUAUGAUCGUGCAGACCGAUAUGAAAGAUUGCGCGAUGAAAGAGCAGAGUAUGAAAAAGAACCAAGACGAGAGGAUGAAAUGGAAUAUCGUCAGGGUUAUAGAAAGCAAAACACUGAAAUGGAUGAGAGGGAUUUACAAAAGGAGGCUGAAUACCAAAGGGACCUUAAAAGGAGAAUUGAUAAGCAAAGUGUAAAAAUGAAAAGUGAUAGAUAUGAAAAAGAAAGAUUGGAAAAAGAAAGGUUUGAAAAAGAAAGAUACGAUAAAGAAAAUGACUACAGAAGGGACUCUUUAGAAUACCCAUCUGAUGAUAGGGAUGGAGGUUAUGUGCAGGAUUCAUUAGAGUAUAAUAAUUAUGAUCCACGUCAGCAGGAGUGGGAAAAUCCUCCUCAAAAUCCAUAUCAAGAUAAUCAGGGCUAUUACCCUGAUGGGUUCAUAAAACAGGAUUCUAAACCAGACUUUUAUGAUGCUGAUGAUGUUGAAAGAAUGGACAUUGUUAAUCCAAAAGCACCUAAAUAUGACUAUGUUGAACAAAAUAAGCAGGAUUAUGGUAAAAAUCCAAGGAGAAGUUAUCGCGAUAUUGUUCAUAAGAAAAAAGAGGAGGAGCAGAAGUUAGACCAUAUAUUUAUAAGCCCAAAGGUACCAUCAAAAGCAUCAAAAAAGAAGCAUAAGAAAGCACAAUCAGCACAGCCAGAACACAUGGGUUACCAAGCUCCAGACCAGUACCCUUUGGGGUUCAAACCAUCAUCUGCAGAAGAACUGUGGGCUCAGAGGGCGCGAGUUCUGUCAGAGAAAAAGGGGUCAGCGGGGAGUGGUAAACCUGCAAAACAAAGCGCAAGUAAAUCUGUUCCAAGAUGGAACAGUAAUCCUCAAGUUAAGCAGGCUCAAAAAUUUGAACCUCCUGCACCGUUAGCAAAUCAAGGUCAGUUUUAUAAACCUACUGGUGCAUACCAUCCUAGCAGUGCUCAAGAUCAAGGUGGUUACUCCCAACCACAGGGUGGUUAUAGUACACCAACACGUCAGCUUCAGCCUUUAGAGAAUCGACCAGCCGCACCAGCUUCAACAGAAAUGGUUCCGACUGCAGUAAAUCCUUCAUCUCCUUUUCGCCGACACAUGGAGCUGAAACCAAUAUCACAGGAAAUUACUACAGAGGAUGGUCAAAGAAUCAGUGUGGAUAUAAAUUUACGACUCAUCAGUCCACCCCCUGGGCAGUCUGGCAUGGGGUCACCGACUCAGCAGCAGUUAGCCCUUGUUCCAGUACAGGAAACACAAGGACUGAAUGCCACUGGUAUCCCAUAUCAGAUGCAGGAUGCAUAUGGAAAUUAUGAUGGAUACAAUACAGGAUACUCAGAGGGUCAGAUGGUACAGUACAACAAUGGUUACCAAACACAACCAGUAAAUGGCGAGAAUCAGUAUACAUCAGAGGAACUUGCGCUUGUGGACCCCACAGGAUACUCAAAGAAAUACCAGCCAGGUUCAGUGAGCUUCAGGGAUGAUACAGAUAACAGUGACUUAAAAUCAUUAGAGGAGGGAUAUGCUGCAGCUUACCACAAGAUGAAGAGUAAAGACCCAAGUGAACAUCCAUGGUACAAGAUAUACAACAUUAAUGACUACAAGAAGAUGCAGCGUGAAGUCCGCCUCAAUCGGGGUACACUGGGGCCUGACCUAGAUACAGAAUCUUACAAAGAUAAGAUGGAGAAGAGACAUAAACAGUUUGAAUAUGCUCGGAUGGUAAUGGAGAAGAAUAGAAUGGAAUUAGGUCAUAAAAAACCUCCAAAGUUUCCACGGCAACCAGAAAAACAAGGGGAAGAAGGUGCAAAAAGAAAAACUGCUUUGGAGUAUGCUAAAAAUGUCCCAAAGCCCGUUGUCAAACCUCGACCAAACCAGUAUAACUCUUACGAGGUUGCAGCACAGUUAACCCCAGGGGGCAGUAGUAAUAAAGUAAGAUCACCAACAAAACCGACGCCUCCCCCCACCCAGACAGUAGAUGUUAUUGAUAUUCGGACUCUAGAACAAAGACAUUUACAAGAGAGACAAAAAACAGAUAAGAUACGACAAAACAUGGACAGUGUUCUCUCUCAGAAAGCUCACUAGAUUAAAAAAAUGUUUCUAUCUACACAAAUAAUUUGAUUGUUGUAUAUAAAAAUAUUAAAUCAAAACAUACAAUUAUGUGUAAAGAUGCCAAUAGUUUGCCAUAGAAUAAAUAUCAACUUCAAGUAACUUGAUUGACUCGCAAUUUCUACUAAAAUUUCAGCAUGAUUCACUUUAGUGUGAUUUGCUACACAACACAAGUCUAUGAAAGUUAACCAGUUGUUUGUGCUUUAAGUAGACCAAAUACAUAUAGCAGUACAAAAAAUGACUGUUGGAUUAACUAAAUGGCUAACAACACAUAAAUUUACUUGUUUUUGUGGUAAAAUUCUAUUUUGCAAGACUUACAAUAUUGUAUUUGUAAAUGAUUGAAAAAAAGUUCAUGCUCUAAAUUUGGCACUACACAUAAAAACAUACAAUUUAUAAUUCAUACAUUUAUGUGUACCCAUAAAUGGUACAUGUAUGUGUUUCCAUAUAAGAUUGAAAUUUCAAGCUUCUUCAUUUUACACUUGUACAACUUGCAAUAGUUGUUUGUAUAUAUUUUGUUUUAUUUCAUCUUCAUGUUGGUAAUUCAUAGUCAUUUCUUACAUUUUUUCUCGAAAAAGCAAAAAGAAAUCCAAAUGAAAAAUCCAUUUUAUUUUUUGUUACUUGACAGUUUGAAACACCAUGGUGUAUUUUAAACUUAAUGUGCCAAUACCAGAAAAAAAAGAGUUAUUUGUGACUCACACUGUAAAGAAGCACUAUCUUCAUUCAGCUCUUUUUUUUAGAAAUUUGAUUUUCUGAACAUUCUUAAAAUGUAGCACUUACUGUUUAAGAUGGUGUAUAUUUUAAUGUAUAUUUGAAGUCAAUUUGUGAACAAGUAUAUGCAGAGGAAAACCAUAAUGUUAAUAAAAUCUCUCCCUCAUUUAUUUAUUCAAUUUUUCACUCACUGUGUUGUUCUGAAAAAUUAUGUUCCUUUUAUGAUAGUGACUCGCAGUUGUUGAAAGGUCUGCAUCUAUUGUCAUCAUAUUCAAAAAAUGAAAUAUUUUCAAGGACGUUGCUUCACAGACAUGAUGUUUUUUUUUUAUUUUGCUUGCAAAAAAACAAGAUUUUAUUUAUUAAUUACUAGUAUAUAAGCAGAGCAUUGUAUUUACAUUGACAUGAGGUUAUUUCAGUGUGGAAAGAAGGUUUUAUUUAUAUUGUUUUUUUUAAAUACGCUUAUGUUAUUUUAUAUGGAAGGAAAUGCUGUGAAAUCAUUUAAUUUCGUGGGCAUGAAAUUUCGUGGUUUUGGUCAAAACAGCAAUUUCGUGGGAAUGUAAAUUCGUGGAUUUCAACUUCUGAACAUAGAAUGAGUGGGAAUUUUACGUGUCCGUUGGCAUUAAAUUUCGUGGAUUGACUCAACCACAAAAUCCACGGAAAUUAGUCCCCCACGAACAUUAAUGAUUUCACAGUAUUUUAAGUAUUUUUUAAUUAUCUGCACAUAUAUGAAAAUAAUUAAAGCAUGGGGUGCCAGUUUAUUUACAUCAAAAUUAUUGAAAUUGAGGAAAAACCUUUCAUAUGUGAUUAAUUCUAAAUGUGAGUCAGUAUUUAUGUUUUAAAAAGGUCUCGAUCCUGAUAAUCAGGCCUACAGCAUUGUGAAAUAGGACUUUUAUCUGUAUUUAGAAAUAGCAUCAAACAAAAACAAAGAAUGAAAUAAACAUUCAGUUCCAAUGUUUAUUUAUGUUGACAUUUGUUCCAGUUUUGACAGUUUUCAGUUUUUUAACCUUCAUGUAGAUGCAUAUUUCUUUUAAUGUUUAUACUUCUUGUUUUGUUCAGAAAACUUGGUGUUAUUGAUCUCCAAGAGUCAAAGUCAGUUCAUUUAUGUUAAGUGUUAUAUUUAUUUUUGCCAAAACUUGUUUUCAGAUAAUUAAUUUAUUUUGUAAUGAAUACACUUUUAAUUUGAAGUGUAGCAUAUAUAAUGGGGAUAUGGGUUGUUUUAUACAAUAAACCAAUAAUUAUGGUGUGAAGUAUUAUAGUUUUCAUUCAGGUAUGAAUUUCAUCGGAUGUGAUUUACCUAUGCAAAAGCUUUAUGCCCCUUCCUGCAUAUUUAAAACACAAAAUAUAUAUUGGGAUGAAAACUACUCAAACUACAGUUUAGUUCUGUUUAGUCUUUCGUUUUAUUGUUUUAGUUUACUCUAAUAUUUUUUUGUUAAAGUUUUAAAUCUGAAAUGUCAGAAUUGUCAGCUGUUGGAAUGGAACUGUUAUGUCACAACAGAAAUAGUUCUUUCCCUGGUCAUAAGAACGGUAAAUUAUGAAAAUGCACAAAUCUUACAGAGCAAUGUCAGUUAAGUAAUAUUUACUGCGGAGAAAUUACAGGAAAGGAAGGCUUAAACUGGUUAUCAGUUUGGCAAAAAAUCAUGGUGAAAUUGACUGUAUUCACUGAUUGCAGAAGUAAAAUGUUACUGCAUGUGUUGUAGGUCUUCUUAGCUUAAAGGAUAAGUUAUAUAUGUUUUGAUACACAGAAAAUCUGACAAUUUCACAAAGCAAGAAAUGAAAAGUUAUUAUUUCCAUGGUGUCUCUCAUAGAGCAUUUACCUCAGUACAUAAACUUUUGAACAUAAAAUAAAAGCAAUUUUUGCAUUUCAGUCAACUUACCAUUUUUAUUUAUUUUUCAUAUUUGAAAGUUAUACUAUUGCCUUCUGUUAAUAACAUUUUCAAGUGUACAUACUGAACUAACUUUUUCUCCCUCCCCUGUAUUUGUAUGUAAAUAUAUGUUCAUAAUGUAUACAUGUCUGAUGUCGAAAUUUGUGAUACAUAUAGAAAAUGACUGCUGUACAGUUUUUAUUGUUUUUGUCAUAUUAUUUUUAUUGUCAGCAUUAUCUGUGAUACUCAUAUGUAAAUUGUUGUCAAGUGUUACCUUCCAUGGCAGUCUGUGCUAUCACCCUUCACUAUUUUACCAGGAACAUAUCUACAGUCAUUAGAAUGUAAAAAUCAUAAUUUGUUUAAUACUUUUAACAGAAGCAAGGAGGCAUUUAGCCAAACUUUUAGAGUAAAAGAGCUUGUUUUAGUGCAUGCAAGGCAAAUUCCCUUUUAAUUGCCUGCUCCAACCAAACCAAAUUUUGGAUGUAGAAUAUUUUCAUAUAAGAAAGCUGUCCAGUUGUUUUGAAGAAGGUUGGUGGUUUUACCAAGCUUCCUGGCCAUGUCUGAAACGACACCCAAAGAGAUACCUGAAUCUCUAGCUUUCAUAGGACUUAAAUUGUAGCCCAGAAGCCAACAUAACAAACUCAAAAUAGGUGUAUCCAAAAAGUCAAAUCAUAUUUUCCCUAGUUUUGAAAGAAAAAUGCUCAAUAUACAUGUACAAAGUGUUGAGUGAAAUAAAUCAAUAAGUUAAUAAUAGCCAAUGUAAGUCUGUAACCUUUACCUGCCAGUGAAUAGAUAUGGAUUAAUUUAGUUCUAACAUAUUCCCCCAGUUUGGAGGAAAAUGUGAUUAAACAUCAAAGUUAUAGAUUUCCAUAGAUUAAUACAGAUAAAAUAAUAUAUCAUAAGCAAGAAAUUUUUACAGAAUAUAAUUAUGUCUUAUAUUGUAUAUUAUUGUUAUAUUUACAUGUUUCAUGUUAGAGAUUUUAUGUUUUGUUUUGAUUGUUUUACAUGUUUAUGAUUUAAUGAGAAUUUUUUGGUAAUAUUGCUAGUACCUCAUUUUGUUUAUACUGUUAGAAUGCAAAGAUACAUGUAGUUUCAUACUUCAACAGAUCUAGGUAAAUUCUGUAGUUUAGAUUCUUCAUAGUUUUGUUAAGAUUUUCUUCAGUAAAAAUAUUCAUGUUACUUCCGUUUGAAAAAUUACUUACUAAAUGCACUAACCAAUACCAGGGUUGUUAUGACAGACAGACACACACGCGCACACAGACACAAACUUAUAUGUAUAUUUAUUUUGUCAUCAGGUCAGACAAGUCUUAUAAUGACAUGUUGUAAAAAUACGCAUUUGAAUGUUAAACAGUUUCGUAAUAGAGUUUAUCUUCUGUUGCAUAUGUUUUUUACUCUCAAUAUAUUUUGUUAACCUAUAUUCAUACUUCAUAGAACCUAUUCACAUGGAAUACAUAAGAUUCAGUUAUUUUAUGUUAUUCAAAAUGAAUAUAAUGCAUUAACUUGUCACAACAUUAGAAUUUAAACAUAAUUGAGCCGUGCCAUGGGAAAACCAACAUAGUGGGUGUGCGACCAGCAUAGAUUCAGACCAGCCUGCGCAUCCGCGCAGUCUGGUCAGGAUCCAUGCUGUUCGCUAACAGUUUCUCCAAUUCCAAUAGGCUUUAAAAGCGAACAGCAUGGAGCCUGACCAGACUGCGUGGAUCCGCAGGCUGGUCUGGAUCCAUGCUGGUCGCACACCCACUAUGUUGGUUUUCCCAUGGCACGGCUCAUAUGGAAAGUACAGUGAUUAAUGUUGUGAAUGGUACAUAAAUUUUGCUAUUAACAGUCAGAAAUUUCCCUUCAAUUAUCUAUUCUUAUAUGGCAUUUCAGCAUUCUUUGGAUGCUAACAUAGGUCAUAAGAGCAGUGGAAUUCUGACCGUACCUAAGAAUAUAGAGAAAUAUCUGAUUGUCUUGAAAUAUCCACUACCUUAAUUUAAACACUUGUAUUGUACAGAAAGAAUGAAAACAUGCUAUUGUUACCAUGGAUGUAAUAACCCUGCUCAGAUAAUGUGUUGUUUUCUGUGAUAUUUAAUGUGUGCUACUCAUUCAUAUAGUGGUGAGUUGCCAGGUUAAAAGGGACCAUUUUAAUCGAAAUCAAUGUUUUGUUGAAAGAAAAUGUACUAAAGCAGUUAAUGUCCUAAGUGGUUCACAUGUUUUUGGUAUACUGAUGUCUUAUUUAGUAGAAUAUCACGUGAAUGCUCAUUUUAUUGAAACUGAAACUGAAAUCCUCUAAUUGUAAAAAGAGUGAAAUUUAAAGAAAAAUUGCCAAUGUGGUCCCUUUUAAUGCAACAACUUGUGAAUAUUUAUAUUUUAUAUAACGUACUGUCUCAUUUUUAAUCCGUCCAUUGUCCACACUAUUCCACAAAGCAACACUGUAUAUUUCCAUGGAGUGUUGUAUUUUGGUAUUUUUCGAAAUGGAAUAAAUAUAGAGAAUAAA